AGCAGCAGCCUGGAGGAGGCUGAGGAGGAAGCGGCCAGGAACUGCACCAUUCCAGCGCUGCACGAGUUCCCCACAGACGUUUUCACCCACAAAGAGAGAACCGAGGGAGCCGUGGCCCUGCACGUCCUCUGUACCAUCUACAUGUUCUGCGCUCUGGCCGUCGUCUGCGACGACUACUUCGUCCCGUCCCUGGAGAAGAUCUGCGAGCGUCUGAACCUGAGCGAGGACGUAGCCGGAGCCACUUUCAUGGCCGCCGGCAGCUCAGCUCCGGAGCUCUUCACCUCCAUCAUCGGUGUGUUCGUCACUAAAGGGGACGUGGGGGUGGGCACCAUCGUGGGCUCGGCUGUCUUCAACAUCCUCUGCAUCAUCGGCGUGUGCGGCUUCUUCGCCGGGCAGGCAGUGAAGCUCUCACACUGGGCUCUGCUCCGAGACUCCAUAUUUUAUACAUUUUCAAUCAUUGCGCUUAUAGCGUUCAUCUACGAUGAGAAGGUUUGCUGGUGGGAGUCUCUGGUCCUGAUCCUCAUGUACGCCGUCUACAUCCUCAUCAUGAAGUUUAACGGGCGGGCGCAUCGCUACUUUGACCGUCGAAAGAAGACCUCGGUGAGUCUGUCCAACGGGCUGACGGGCAGCACGGACCUGGAGGACAACGUCACGUGUGACGCCACGGCGGUCCUGCUGAAGAAAGCUAACUUCCACUGCAAGCCGUCGGUGCUGAUGGUGGACGAGCUGCUGUCUGCGUACCCUCACCAGCUCUCCUUCUCCGAGGCCGGCAUGAGGAUCAUGAUCACCAGCCACUUCUCCCCGAGGACGCGCCUCACCAUGGCCUCCCGCAUGCUCAUCAACGAGAGACAACGGCUCAUCAACACCACGGAGACCCGGGUCAACCGAAUCACCAACGGCGACUCGGAUCCCGCCGCCCGGUCCCAGGGGAGGCGGGGCUUAGAGAACGGGAUGGGCGGGGCCGAGCAGGGCCUGAACGGCAAGUGCAGACUCCAGCGACUCGAGUCCGAGAACGAGACGGAGAACGAGAACGAGGACAACGAGAACAACGAGAACGACGGCGAGGGAGAGGGGGAAGACAAGAACCAGGGCCCCAUGGUUCCCUUCAGGGUGCCUGUGGGCGUCUGUCCCAAAGUGAAGUGGCUGGCCAUGUGGCCUCUGUCCCUGCUGCUCUUCUUCACCGUGCCCAACUGUGCCCAGCGGCGCUGGGAGAGGUGGUUCAUGGUCACGUUCUUCACCGCCACCAUCUGGAUCGCAGGCCUCUCCUACAUCAUGGUGUGGAUGGUGACUGUGAUCGGCUUCACUCUCGGCAUCCCGGACGUCAUCAUGGGCAUCACCUUCCUGGCGGCGGGCACCAGCGUCCCGGACUGCAUGGCCAGCGUAAUCGUGGCACGGCAAGGUCUGGGAGACAUGGCCAUCUCCAACUCCAUAGGCAGUAACGUGUUCGACAUCCUGGUGGGUCUGGGCCUGCCCUGGGCCCUGCAGACCCUCUGCAUCGACUACGGAUCCAACAUCCAUCUGAACAGCAAAGGCUUGAUCUUCUCCGUGGGACUCCUGCUGGCCUCCGUCUUCUUCACAGUGCUCGGCGUCCAUCUGAACAAAUGGACCCUGGACUGGCGCCUGGGUCUGGCCUGCCUCGCCAUGUACGCCAUCUUCCUCUGCUUCUCCAUCCUCAUCGAGUUCAACGUCUUCAUCUUCGUCAACCUCCCCAUGUGCAGAGACAUCCACUGACCUCCUCCUCUCCUCCUCCUUCUCCUCCUCUCCUCCUCCUCUGGCUGAUGGAGGAAG